AUGCCAGCAUUCAAAAUCAUAGACAACACCUGUCUGAUUGAAAAUGAACAAGAAAGAGGAGAGAUGAUGUUGAAGAGUAAUUUACAGAGUGAUCCAAAGAGUAAUCUGCAGAGUUAUCCAAAGAGUAAUCUGCAGGCGUACAACUCAGACUACGAAGGCUCGAGGUAUGAUAAAGGUCACCUGUACCCUCACUGCCACGCCCCCGACGAGGAAACAUCAAAGAGCACCUUCACCCUCACCAACACUGCACCCCAGAGGUGUGACUUUAACAGGUUCUGGUACAGUAAAGUAGAAGCAAAAGUGAACAAAGCCCUGACCACCUGCGUGGCAGCUAAGAAAACACCGUACGUGGUUACAGGAGUCGUGCCGGAUACCGGAUCAAACCCUCUAACUCUGAAGAAGGACAGUCAGGUAAACGUACCGACACACUUCUGGACCGCGUACUGCUGCUGUGACAACAAUGAUAAAGAGUGUCAAUUUGGCGCCUUUAUCCUGGAAAGAGAAGCUGACGAACCUGAUGAGUUCAAAACAUCUACUGCUCCUCCGCGCCGCCAGGGGGCAGCAGCGCGCAGUGAUCCGCGGAGGAAGUGA